AGGGAGGGGGGGAGCUUGGGCUAAGGCUGUUUUGUUUGGCUUCCCUGAGUGUGUGAGAAAGAGACACGGAGUGCUGCUGGGAUGCUGUCUUGCUCGCUGUCUCCUAGGAGAGACAGGGGAAUGAGGGAAUAUACGGAGAGUAUUUAAGGCUGGAGCCUGAGACUGGCCGCCCUUUAUCCUGCUGCUGCUGUUGCUGUUGUCUGAUACUGUCUGAUAUUGUACCACUCGCUGCUCGUACAGACAAGAUGCUGCCUGCGGACCUGGGCUGCCUACAUGCACCGAUCUGACAUGUUCAGAAUGCAGUGGCGGAGCCAGGUUGAAAGCUGAAAGCAGAAAUCGGAGAGAGAGAGAGAGGAGCGAGGCUCUGUUAUUGGUUCACCAUGGGAAAUGCCACUACCAAGUUCCGCAAGGCGUUGAUAAACGGGGACGAGAACCUGUCCUACCAAAUAUACGAGAACAACCCUCAACUGAAAGAGUCUUUGGACCCAAACACAUCCUAUGGGGAAACCUACCAGCAUAACACCCCAUUGCACUAUGCUUCACGGUUUGGCAUGUGUCACCUCAUAAGGGCAUUUCUGUCUGUGAAGGAUGGUAACCCCAACAAGCGCAACAUUCACAACGAGAGCUCUAUGCACAUGCUAUGUAUGGGUUCUCACAUCAUGAUAUCAGAUGGUGGCGUCGACCACCGAUUACCCCGGCUUGAUGAUCGCAGGAGGUCUGAAUGUUUGAGGAUGAUUCUAGAAUGGAAAGGUGCAAAACUUGACCGAGGGGAAUAUGAGAGAGCUGCACUUGAUGCCACAGACAAUAAAAAAAACACCCCCUUGCACUAUGCUGCUGCCUCAGGGAUGAAAACUUGUGUAGAGCUGUUAGUAAAAAGUGGUAGUGACUUGUUUGCUGAAAAUGAAAAUAAAGAUACCCCUUGCGACUGCGCUGAGAAACAGCAUCACAAAGAGCUUGCACUCAAACUGGAAUCCCAGAUGGUCUUCUCCCGUGAUCCUGAGGCUGACGAAAUUGAAGCAGAAUAUGCUGCAUUAGACAAGCGUGAGCCAUAUGAAGGAUUGAGGCCCCAAGACUUGCGGCGUCUGAAGGACAUGUUAAUUGUAGAGACGGCAGAUAUGCUUCAGGCUCCUCUCUUCACAGCAGAGGCUUUGCUCCGCGCCCAUGACUGGGACAGGGAGAAGCUGCUUGAGGCCUGGAUGGGCAGCCCGGAGAACUGUUGCCAACGUUCAGGAGUUCAGAUGCCAACGCCCCCUCCAAGCGGAUACAAUGCCUGGGACACACUGCCUUCCCCACGUACCCCACGCACCACUCGCUCCUCUGUUACUUCUCCUGAUGAAAUCAGCCUUUCUCCAGGAGAUAUUGAUACACCUCUGUGUGGUAUCUGCAUGUGCAAUAUUUCUGUUUUUGAAGACCCAGUGGAGAUACCUUGUGGGCAUGAGUUCUGCAGAGUUUGCUGGGAAUCGUUUUUAAAUCUUAAAAUCCAAGAAGGGGAGGCCCACAAUAUCUUCUGCCCUGCGUAUGACUGCUUUCAGCUUGUUCCAGUUGAUGUCAUUGAAAGUGUGGUCUCUAAGGAGAUGGACAAGCGUUACCUUCAGUUCGACAUAAAGGCAUUUGUAGAGAACAAUACUGCUAUAAGAUGGUGCCCAACUCCAGCAUGUGAAAGAGCAGUUCGGCUUAAAAAGCAGGGAACCAACAAUUCUGGAUCGGAUACCCUGACCUUUCCUUUGCUAAGAGCCCCAGCUGUAGACUGUGGAAAAGGACAUCUUUUUUGCUGGGAAUGCCUGGGUGAGGCACAUGAACCCUGUGACUGUGAAACAUGGAAAAACUGGCUGCAGAAGGUUUCCGAAAUGAAGCCAGAGGAACUUGUGGGAGUCAACGAGGCUUUUGAAGAUGCUGCCAACUGCUUGUGGCUGCUAACAAACUCCAAACCAUGCGCCAACUGCAAGUCUCCUAUACAGAAGAAUGAAGGCUGUAACCACAUGCAGUGUGCCAAGUGUAAAUAUGAUUUCUGCUGGAUCUGCUUGGAGGAAUGGAAAAAGCACAGCUCUUCCACUGGAGGCUAUUACCGUUGCACUCGUUAUGAGGUCAUCAAUCAAGUGGAGGAACAAUCGAAAGAAAUGACAGUUGAGGCAGAGAGCAAACACAAGAGAUUUCAGGAGCUGGACAGAUUUAUGCACUACUACACACGUUUCAAGAACCAUGAACACAGUUAUCAGCUUGAGCAGCGUCUUUUAAAAACAGCCAAAGAAAAGAUGGAGCAGCUGAGCAGAGCUCUUAGCGAAACAGAGGGAGCAUGCCCAGAUACCAUGUUUAUUGAAGAUGCCGUACAAGAACUACUGAAGACCAGGCGCAUUCUCAAGUGUUCUUACCCAUACGGAUUCUUCUUGGAACCCAAAAGCACAAAAAAGGAAAUAUUCGAAUUAAUGCAGACGGACUUAGAAAUGGUCACAGAGGAUCUUGCCCAGAAGGUAAACAGGCCUUACCUGCGCACUCCUCGCCAUAAGAUCAUUCGGGCAGCCUGCCUUGUGCAGCAGAAGAGACAGGAGUUUUUGGCUUCUGUGGCUCGCGGUGUGGCUCCUGCUGAUUCCCCGGAGGCUCCAAGACGCAGUUUUGCUGGUGGAACAUGGGACUGGGAGUAUUUAGGAUUUGCAUCCCCUGAGGAGUAUACAGAAUUCCAGUAUCGGAGACGGCACAGACAGCGACGCCGAGGAGACAUGCACAGCGUCAGGAGCAAUACCCCAGAUCCUGAUGAUCGCUCUGAGAACCUAUUAGACACCCAGGAAGCUAGUGGUAGCCGACGGCAUGGAACCUCUAUGACUUUGAGCUCCUUGGAUGAAGAUGAUCCAAAUAUCCUCUUGGCAAUCCAGUUAUCUCUGCAGGAAUCCCGUCUUGCAGUGGAUGAAGAAACAAGAGAGUUUCUGAACAAUGAGGCAUCUCUUGGUGCUAUAGGCACAUCAUUGCCCUCAAGACUUGACCCAGCUCCAAUAAGCAUCGAUAACCCAAGGUGUGCUUUAAGUAGCUCUGAGUUGUUAGAACUGGGAGAAAGCCUAGUAAGACUCGGAGCCAGUAGUGAUCCAUAUGCAACAGAUCAUCAUCUUUCACACCCUUUCAGUGAUAUUCAAGGUGAUUUGUGUUCAACCUCAAGCGACCUUGAUUCAUCUAGCCAAGACCCAAACAUGAGCGAGAAUCUGCUGGGUAAUAUCAUGGCAUGGUUCCAUGACAUCAAUCCUCAGAGCAUUGCCCUUAUACCAUCUGCAACUUCUGAAACUGACGUUGAUUUGCAGCCGCUCAAUGUCGAUGAACAACUGUCACCUCCAACGCUAAGGGAGCCACCCCAGGGUCUGGCCGAGGAGCAUGCACUUUUUCAGGAUGCACUAAUCAAUGAAUACAAAGAAAUCCAAACAGAAGAAAGCACUUCCGAAGAGAAUGUACCUGCGCUUGAUGGAGUGUCACAAAGUGACGACCCCACAAAUGAUGUUACAAGCAGUAUGAACAGUUCUGAAGAUAUUUCCAGUAGAACUCCUGAAACUUCAAGUGAAUGGGUCGAACAAGUACAUUUGGUAUGAACUGAUAAUAGUUUGUGUGCAGAACUUCAGAUGUCUCUCGCGUGUUGGAGGUCGUGUUCCACUUCAGUCCAAUGACAAAAUGGAUUGAAUAUGGAAUUGUAAUGUGCUUGCAGUCCUCUGAACCAGUCGGAACUCCUUGAGACUUUCUUCUGCAUCGAAUUGGAUUUUGAUUGCCUUGAUUUGUUUCCGAAGCAAGAAAUAAGUAGAGUGAAUUCUACUUUCUAAUAAAAUGCAGUGAUUAUGUAGCCUUAGUUUGAUAAUACCUUAAUGUAAAGAGUCAUGUUUUUUUUUUUUUAUUAAUUUACACAGAUCCCAAUCUAAAAAAAAGAAGUGGUCUCCCGCUGUACCUCAACAUUUUCCUUAUCCUCUAAACGUUUAUCACUCCAUUUAUACUUGCAUCACCCCAACCCCUAAGUUUGUAUUUAUCUCCAGGUUUCAUGUUUCGAAUACAGUAAUGAAAUAUUGUGGAAAUGGCAUUGUAUAGUGAGAGUAUCUGCAGAUAUGUACAGUCAUUUCACUUUUCAACCGUCUGCUGUUUACCGUCCCCUUUCCCCCGACCAUGCUGCUCUUAUUGACUGACAGGCAACAGGAACGAUUAAGUGUAUUAACAAAUGAUGCUCGGAUUUUAGGAGUUUUAGUAAAAAUACAUGAUUAAAAAAAAGGGCCCCCAAAAUAGUUUUUAAACAAUUAUCAGUAGGGUCCACGUUAGGGAAGCUAUAAAUUGUAUCAAUAGAUGAGACUCACCUUGGGAGACUGUGCAUCUUCAUAUGUAUUGUCCAUAUGUACACAAUUAAAUGUGUGUUAUGAUAGGUGUGUGAGGCCAGAGUCAUUAAGCGGAGUGUCCAGCUAUGUAGCAACAAUUCAUAUGAGACACAGUCCAUGCACUAAUAAUCAGCAUUUUUAGCUGAAAGUGUUGGAUAAAUAAUCAAAUGCUGCAUCAUGGACUAUUUAAUAAGUUACCAUUUAGCCCAAUAACAUUUAAACUAGGAAGCUGUUGAUUGGAAAUGAGUAUGUGUAAGUUUAUGGAAAUAAGGGUAUGAAAAUAAAAGGUGAAAAAUGAUUGUUUUGAAAGGUUUAUGCAGUGCAGAGAUGUCAUGCGCUGCCUCUUCUGUUAGUCUUUUAGUAUGUGUGUGUAUUAUUGGCUGCUUCUGUUUUUGACUUUAUAAAGAACUGAAGAAAUUGUCACACUAUGUGAAGAAGGUAUUUACAGUUGCAAUGUUGUAUGAUUGAUUCAGUUUGGUUUUUCUAUGCCGAACCGGUACCCGAGUCUUCUUCCUCAUUCUAUGACUCUUGUUGAGUCCUGAGUCUCGAUGGGCCGGCAUAGCAAGUGUUGCAUAUACGCAGGAAACCGUUAUAAAUCAUUCCAUAAAAAUGCCUUUAAUAAUAUUUUAUGGAAGUGGAGCUGAGUCAGUGGAGAUUAUGGAUGAUGCUUUAUUGUACCUAAGUAGAGCAAGCAGGAUUGUAGCUUCUCUAGAAAUGAAAAAAAAUACAAAUACCAUAAUUAAAGGGGAUUUUCAUUUUUUCAAAAGUUUUGGUAAAUAAAUAGAUGUCAAUAAUAUUUCCAACGUGGUUUCAUUUUAACUGAUUUUUCACAAGUACGGGAUCCGUUUUCCACAGCUCCAAAUUACAGGUUGGUCAUCUCUCAUAGACUCCAUUUUAAUCAAGUUAGAGUGGAACAGAUGACUUUCCCUCACCCCAUGGCUCUUAAAGACCCUCAUCACAAUCAGCAUGGAGAAGCACAGGCAUGGAGCACUACUGCACACUUUCACUUUCAAUUCACCGUUCUGAUUGGCUACGGUGAUUCAGCCUAUUAGAUCAAUGGCAUGCAAAGGAAUGAGCAUGUGCAGUAACUAUUGAAGCCUGUGCUUCCCCCAUGUACUAUAGGCAGGGUGGGGAGAGCCUUGGUUAAGGCAGAGAACUGGAACUAGAUCCAUUAGUAGAUAUUUGUAAACACAGCGUUUUAUUUUUUAAUUCAACUACAUUGGAAAUUGUAUUAAGAUUAUUUAUAUUACAUUAUAAUUUAGUAGAACUUGUCUGAGGCUGAACUCUCCCUUAAAGUUUUCUCUAUUGAAAUGUACCAACAUGGUUUCACUGAUUGUACUACUAAUCCCAUAGGGUAUAUGUUGCCUUUAAACAUGGCAGUGGCAGAUGGAAGAAAUAUCAUCAAACAGAACUUGGUCACGAUUACAGUAUUCAGAAAGCAAAUGAUACACAGCAGUUAUGUACCCUAAUUAUCAGUGUUAACUCUAAAUCGACUUUACUGUAUGAGAGCCUAUCGUAUGUUUGCCUUUAUAUGUGAUAUUUUGUAGGCACAGAGUUCGGAAGUCUUUAAGAAUAGAUUGUGCUUUUAGGAUGGACAGGUACUCUAGCAGCUACCACUGGUGGUCAUUAUUAUUGUAGAUCUGCAGAGAAGGAAUGUCCUGUUUGUACAAUAAACUCUGCACACUGUACUGUGAAAUUCUAACAUUAACCAGGCUACCCCACCAACUAAAUAAAGCUUAUUUACCCUUUAAACGACUACACUGAAAAGUAGGAUUAAAAAAUAUAAAAACACCUUUGUUUUCUAAUAAAGUCUUGAUAGGGGAAUGCAGUGGUGGGGAUUAGACAAAUGAGGCAUAGCCGCACUUUAUCAUAGGAUGUCACCAAUCAGGUUAUCAGUGUCUUAUGUGCCAAAAUUAAAACGUUGGACUCGCCUGAUAACGCAUAAAUGGUAGAGUAGAUUUUAACAUAUGCAGUUUUUGGUUGUCAACUAAAGAAAAUGGUUUAUUCCUAAAGCUGUGUAAAUAUAUAUACAUGUAUUAUGAAUACUUGAUUUGAGAUUAGACAUUUACCAAUAAGCCACAUGAUAGUACAUUGUGUGUUUCUUUAUACAGAGGGCCGAUACUGAGGCUGUCCCAACAGCAACGCUCACUGGGGUCAAUGUACUAAAUGGGGCUACCACAUAAGAGGCACUGUUAUUUUUGCCCUAUGCGUAAUUCAUUGAUGCAACAUGGAGGCGUGAACAUUGGAGAGUAUCUUGUGAUCAGUGGCUCUUUAUAUGUCCCCCCAUUGUUCUCUGACAGCGACAGACCCAUACAACACCUGCACUUCCUCACCUGUCCUGCAGGGGGUGAGUAGCAGUGGAAGAUCCCUGGUGCAGUUACCUUCUAAAUUUGUGGAUUAUGUUACCAGGAAUAUGUCAUUCGUUCCACAUCCAGUACAUGCUAUAGGCACUGUAUCAAGAGAUGGGGCAGUGUGGGUACUGGGUGUUUUAAAGUAAAUAAUUCUAUUAAGUGAUCAGCUCAACUUUCCCAAUAAGCAAUAGCUUGGUUGCACAACUUGUCACCGUGCCUUUAAUUAUCCAGAUCAGUAGCUGUCACAUUGAACACCUGUAAUAGAGCUAUUAGCACAGUCUUUCCUCUGGGAUGUGUUUUCCUACUCCAUAAAGACCAUCCAUGGCCUGGUCUAAUAACAGCCAAUAUCAAACCUCAGUGCUGAGUUCAUACUGCAUUUCCAUAGAAUGUAUCGCCUGUCCUGCUGCUGUGGGUUGUCUCCUCUGUGAUUUGAGCUAGCAUAGAAGGCAAGCAGUCUUACAGGGCAUACUAAGUGCACAUAUACUGAUAUAAUGCAAAAUAACUGUAUUCAAGUGAAAAAAAUAUGCAUUGUGUUUACUAAUUCAAUAAAAUGAUGUGUGCUUUUGUUAUGUUUUAGGUACAGGAAAAGAAUUAAAGCUACAGAGAAAGUUGACACUUUUAGAUGUGUGGCAAAUAGCUACAAGUACUUGUACGAAGAGCUGAACAAAAGGUUCUACUCUAAUGGAAAGAGAAUGCAGUAGGGGAAUAAACAAACCCCCAGCCACCCAUGCAGGUAGGAAAGAGAGGAGGUUGCAGUACCUCAAGUGGCAGUUGCAUCCAUUUCUUGGCACUUGUGGGCAUAAUGUGGAUCUCAGUAAUCACUGAUACUACUCUUGUUCCCAAGGCUGGUAUUAUGGGAAGCAGAUAGGACUUUCCAGCUCAGAGGUAGGGCCCAUUUGGCCAAGAAUGUUCUUGGAAUAAUUUCAAAGUACUUAUCUUUACAUUUUGUAAUCACUGACCAAUAUGUAUAGAAUUUAUGUUGGGGAUGUUUAGCCAGCACCUUUCAAAGCUUUUGAUGUACAAGUUACAGCAUCCAGCUGAGAGCUAAAAAAAAUGCUGAGAGUGAUUGGGGAUUGUAGUUCAACACUAGCUGGGGGCUCAGCUUUCAUAAAUACACCCUCCCCCCCCCGCAAUUCAUCUUGUUUAUAGUGGUAAGGCUUCGGUACGUCUCCUAUGGAACUCUGCAAGGGCUUUUUCUGUUCUUCUGUUGAAGCUUUUAAAGACGUGAACAUUUUUGCUCAGUUUGUUACACUAAAUCCACUUGUUUUAGGUUUUCUAAGAUUUCCUCUUGUUUUGUUAGUUACAUUUAAGCUGUACUUUUCUUUUAAAACAUCUAUAUACAUAUAUAUAUUUAACACUAGAUCCCUAAAAAUGACUUCUUGUGUAUAUUAUUUUCGGAUUGGUUGCACACAAUGAUUGCUUUCUUUUAUGCACAAAAAUAAACAAAGGUUUCCACCCAAUUGUGUUUCUCCUUGGUAUAGAUUUGCAUAUACACAAACAACCCUCUGUGUGACAAUGGUAUAUCCCAUGGAUCCUGUAUCUCCCUUUAGCUUGGGUGGUAUUGUUCCUAUUCCGCUCAAGUUUAACCAUACAAAUGCAUCUCUUGGUACAAUGAAAACAUCUUUAACAGCAACAAGACUUUACAAUUCAGAAAACUAAAUCUGACAAGCUAUUUUGUAAACUGGUUAUUUUAUAAUGUAAGAAAAAUACCAUUACUGUAACCUUGAAAUGUUAUUUGCACUUUCAUAAUCUAUACUUGAUACAUUCCCACUUUAUAUACAGUAGGAUAUACUUAUGUAGAUGUUUGGCCAAAUGAAUGCUGUUCAGAAAAUGGAUUAAAAAAAAAAAAAGUCUGAUUAAACAUUUA